CCCUCAGCCCCUGGCGGGAGCGGGAGCGGCAACGGACAACCGGCGGGAAAAGGCGGGAGGGAGGAAGCCAACGCACGCAGCCCCGGCGCCGGGCAGCGCCGCUCGCGUGGGCGGCUCCCGGUGGGAAGGGCUGAAGCUGUCCGGCGCUCGCCGAAGGUUUUCCAGAGCUCUGAAUGAUAAACAGUAAGUCAAAAUAAUGGAUCUUAUUGAUCAUGGAUUUUAUGCAGACAAGGUGUGGAUUCAGUGUGAAUAUGAAGAUUGCUUGAAAUGGAGGCUUUUGACAAAUGAGGAUGCUGCAUGUGUGGAUUCAAGUAAACCCUGGUACUGUGACAUGAACAGUGAUUCUUGGUUUAAUUGCUGUUCUGUGCCUGAAGAGAGUUACCCUGAGGAAUCUGCAUUCCACCAAUAUGGAUUGAAACUUGUCUACUCGCAACUUCCUGUGGGAAGUCUGGUUUUAACCAAGAUGCCUGGAUGGCCUAGAUGGCCUUCCAUCCUCUGUCCAGAUGGUUUUACUGGAGAAUAUGUAAUAUAUGACAAAGAUGGCUUUGUGGAGCAAUAUCACACAGAAUUCUUGGGGAAUCCACAUACCAGAUCUUGGAUUUCAGUGAAACAAGUUGAGCCCUAUUACACAAGAGGCAAAUUGGCAGAAGACUUUAAAAGAAGUAGACAGUGGUAUAAAAGUGCAUUGGAAGAAGCAAGAAUGUUGUCAGAACUUACUUCUGAAGGAAGACUCAAAAUGUGCAAGCUCAGCAAUGAAGUAUUGAAGAAAUCGUACAAUAGAAAGAGCAGAGAAUUUGAGCAAAACAAGUCAAUAGCAGGGGAAAAAGAGAACACGUUAUCUAACUGGAGUGUUGCAGUUUCUGAAGAGAUAGAACUACAGGAUUCCACAGGUGCUGAAGAUUGCACUGUAAUAGAUGGAAUAGAAUUUAGGACUGGGAAGUGCAUUGAAGAAAUCUCAAACCAGCUGAAAGAAAUUGAUGUAAUUAUGGCUGAGCUGGAAGGUUGCCUUUAA